AGUAGUCUCCAAAUUGACCAAUGAGAUUUUCGUUAACAAAACAGUUUUGCCGCGAGAUGUAAACACAAAGCCGAGAAUGAAUAUGAACAAAAUAUAUCUAUAAAAGAUGAAUCUUGAACUUUUGGAAUCAUUUGGGCAGAAUUAUCCAGAAGAUUUUGAUGGCACUUUGGACUGUAUCAGUAUAGCCAUAACCUGUGCCUUCAAUCGACAAGGAACACUACUAGCCGUAGGCUGUAAUGAUGGAAGGAUAGUUAUUUGGGACUUCUUAACCCGAGGAAUCGCAAAGAUAAUCAGUGCCCAUGUCCAUCCUGUGUGUAGUUUAAGUUGGAGUCGAAAUGGUAAGAAAUUGCUGAGUGCAGCAACAGACAACACAGCCUCAAUAUGGGAUAUUGUUACGGCGGAGUGUGACAAAAGCUUCCGAUUCCCGUCUCCCAUCCUUAAAGUUCAAUUUCAUCCACGAGACAGUAAACAGUUUCUCGUUUGUCCGAUGAAACACCCUGCUGUUUUGAUGAACAUUAGUGGAGAGCAUAGAGUUGUUCCACUUGAUGAUGAUUCUGAUCUGAACAUUGUUGCCUCCUACGACAGACGAGGGAAACACAUCUACACAGGGAAUGCCAAGGGCAGGAUCCUGGUGUUCACCAGUACAGACCUGGAGCUGAAGGCCUCGUUCAGAGUAACCACGGGAACCCUUAACACCACAGCCAUCAAAUCCAUUGAGUUCGCUAGGAGAGGGGAUUGUUUCUUAGUUAACUCAGCUGACCGUAUCAUUCGAGUUUACGAGAGUGGCGAGGUGUUGGCCUGUAGUAAAGACGGAGAGCCCGAGCCCAUCCAGAAAUUACAGGACCUUGUCAACAAGUUGCUGUGGAAGAAGUGUUGUUUCUCUGGAGACGGGGAGUUCAUCGUGGCUGGGUCGGCCCGCCAGCACUCCCUCUACAUCUGGGAAAAAAGCGUUGGAAACCUGGUCAAGAUCCUCCACGGAACAAAGGGGGAGCUGCUGCUGGAUGUUGUGUGGCAUCCAGUUCGACCAAUUAUAGCAUCCAUUUCAAGUGGUUUGGUGUCCAUAUGGGCACAGAAUCAAGUGGAAAACUGGAGUGCGUUUGCUCCGGAUUUCAAGGAGCUGGAUGAGAAUGUGGAGUAUGAAGAGAGGGAAUCGGAGUUUGACAUUGAGGAUGAGGACAAAGAGAAGGAGGAGACUAAAGGUAUGGAGGAAGAGGAUUCAGAGGUGGAUGUGACCACUAUUGAACCCAUACAGGCAUUUGUGAGCAGUGAUGAGGAUGAAGAGGACCAGGAUGCUGUACUUUACCUUCCUGUUUCACCUGACAUUGAGGAGCCUGAGGAGUCAGCCUGGGCUAUUCCUCCCGAGGUGACUGAAGAAACUCAGACUCAAGAGAAAAAGCGGAGUCAGCCCCAUACAGACAAUACCCCCUCCCCCAAGAAAAAGAAAGUCAAAACCUACGAAGUGGAUCUCCCAGAUGCCCCCAUAGAUGAAAUUCACCCCCUGUUAAAUGUGAAGAAACCAAAUGAAAAGGGACAGAAGAAGUCAAGUCGUCCAAAGCAGGCCAAAUCUUCCAAGCCGGACAAAUCCAAGAGCAAGGGCCGUUUAGACGACAUGUACGGAGCAGCUUCUUUCUCCUGGUCAUGAGAUUUUUCAAGAAGGGACAAGACACAUGUUCAGCAAACUGAGGCAGCCAUAUUAGAAAGUUUAUCUACAUUGUAUUUAAUAUAUCAAGCAUCAAUCAGGCAUAAAUACAGAUCAUGUUCAUGUUACUCUGUAGCUGUUAACUUUAUACACUGCAUGUACAUGUAGUGAAACAUACUGAAAAUAAAGUUCUCAUGCUUUUA